AUGAAGAGUGACCGGUCCAACGAACUUCCUCCAAACUUCAGUCGUGAACCUGGACCCUCAGACUCUGAAGCGAAGAGGAGUCAUGUUUCUGAGGAGAAGCUGCCGUCCUGCUGUGCUUCUUGUCAGGACGUCCUGAAGGAUCCAGUCUCCACUGGCUGCGGACACUGGCUCUGCAGACGCUGCAUCACCUCAUACUGGGACCAGUCGAGUUCACCAGGAGAGUCCUCCUGUCCCCAGUGUGGAAAAAGAUCCACCAGCUGGCAGCUUUUCAUGAGGCAUCAUUCAAACAACUUCACACUUGACAAGUCUGACUCUGGUUCUUGUCUUUCAGCAGAUCGUGGUCUGCAGCAGGUUCUAGAUGAACAUAAGAUCAGUCUGAGGACGAGAUGUGAACGUGUGACUGAAGGAAGUGAUGACAGAGGAAGUGAAACCCUCCUCAACAGGAUCUUCACUGAGCUCUACAUCACAGAGGGACAGAGUGAAGAGGUCAAUACCCAACAUGAGGUGAGGCAGCUGGAGACGACUUCCAAGAAGAAGACCGUCCAUGAAACUCCCAUCAAGUGCCACGACAUCUUUAAAGCUGGACCCGACCAGCAGAGACGCAUCAGAGUCGUCCUGACGAACAGCGUCGCUGGCGUUGGAAAAACCUUCUUGGUGCAGAAGUUCACUCUGGACUGGGCCGAGGGUUUGGAAAACCAAGACGUCAGUCUGCUGAUUCUGCUUUCGUUCAGGGAGCUGAACCUGAUCAAAGACCAGCAGCACAGUCUUCUCACACUGCUCUGCGUUUUCAAUCCAACAUUGCAGAAGGUCACAGCGGAGAAGCUCGCUGUCUGUAGACUGUUGUUCAUCUUUGACGGCCUGGAUGAAAGCCGACUUUCUCUGGAUUUCAACCACAGGGAGGUUGUGUCUGAUGUCACACAGAGCUCAUCAGUCAACGAGCUGCUGACGAACCUCAACCAGGGGAAUCUGCUUCCCUCCGCUCUCGUCUGGAUAACCUCCCGACCUGCGGCGGCCAAUCAGAUCCCUCCUACUUGUGGUGACAGGGUGACAGAAGUACGAGGCUUCACCGAUGCCCAGAAGGAGGAGUACUUCAGGAGAAGGUUCAGUGAUGAAGAGCUGUCCAGCAGAAUCAUCUCACACGUGAAGACGUCCAGGAGCCUCCACAUCAUGUGUCUAAUCCCAGUCUUCUGCUGGAUCAGUGCUACAGUUCUGGAGCACAUGUUGACCACAGACCAGAGAGAAGAGCUGCCCAAGACCCUGACUGACCUGUACUCACACUUCCUGCUGGUUCAGACACAGAGGAAGAAAAACAAGUACCCUGCUGGGUCGGACAGAGAAAGAUCCAAAGAUCAUCCAGAGAGAGAGAGCAUCAACAUCUUCAACUGUCUGAUGGAGAUGAACAACCUCUCAGUACAUCAGGGGAUCCAAGAGUUCCUGAAGUCAGAGUACAGAUCAGAGAAGAAACUCUCUGGGAUCCGCUGCUCUGCUCUGGCCUACAUGCUGCAGAUGUCUGAGGAGGUUCUGGAUGAGUUGGACCUGAACACAUCAGAGGAGGGACUUCUGAGACUGAUCCCAGCUGUGAGGAACUGCAGAAAGGCUCAAUUUACUGGCUGUUUUCUCUCAAAGACACACUGUGAAGUCGUGACCUCAGCUCUGAAGUCCAACCCCUCCCACCUGAGACAACCGGACCUGAGCCUCAACCAGCUGCAGGAUUCAGGAGUGAAGGAGCUGUGUGGUUUUCUGGAGAGUCCAGACUGUCGACUGGAGACUCUGAGGUUGAAGAGCUGCAGUUUGUCAGAGAUCAGCUGUUCUUCUCUGGCCUCAGCUCUGAAGUCCAACCCCUCCCACCUGAUACUACUGGACCUGAGCUACAACCAGCUGCAGGACCUGAAGUAG